AUGGCAAUACUGGACUGGGUGUUUGGGAAAAGCUUGACGCCGCAGGAGCGUCUGAAAAAAAACCAAAGAGCCUUAGAGAGAACACAGCGAGAACUCGAAAGAGAAAGGCGGAAGCUUGAGGUGCAGGAGAAAAAACUGGUUUCUGACAUCAGAAAAUCAGCCAAAGAUGGACAGGUAAGCGCGGCGAAAAUUCAAGCCAAGGAUCUGCUGCGAACCAAAAAGAAUAUUGCUAAAUUUAACAAUAUGAGGACUCAACUGCAAGCGAUUACACUCAGAAUUCAGGCUGUUCGCAGUAGUGAUCAGAUGGCAACAUCCAUGAGAGAAGCCACAGGGCUCUUGGCGUCGAUGAACAGAUCUAUGAACCUACCUCAGCUACAACGAAUCUCGGCUGAAUUCGAGAAACAAAGCGAUUUAAUGGACCAGCGCCAAGAAUUUAUGGAUGAAGCAGUGGACGACGUAAUGGGCGACGAGCUGGAAGAAGACGAGGAAGUGGAUGAAAUCGUUAACAAGGUUCUUGAUGAAAUCGGCGUAGACCUGAACACCAAGUUUCAAAACACCCCACAGGAAGCAUUGAAACAAGGCGAUGUGCAUUCCCACGAGAGAGUCGCUGAAUCAUUAACGACAGGUAGCGGAGGCACAGGCCUUCAAUGUGCGGAUGAUGAAUUACAAGCAAGACUCAACAGUCUUAAAAGAUAA